UCCAAAGAUGAGGAAGAAGAAGCGGACGCGACGAAGUCAGGAAGUAGGUUUGUUACCGGGUACAGUGCAACUGAGAAUAUCCGUUGCUCAUAACGCCUGUUUUAACGUUAAGCAGCCGUUACUAUUGUGUCCAAUAUGGCUAAAAAUACAGUUUCCGACCGGUUUAGGAAAGUAGACGUAGAUGAAUACGACGAGAACAAGUUUGUGGACGAGGAAGACGGAGGAGAGAACCAGUGUGGACCCGACGAAUCAGAAGUGGACGGUCUGCUCAGACAGGGGAACAUGAAUGCAGCUCUCCAAGCCGUGCUGAAGAAUCCUCCAAUCAACUCCAAGAACCAGAACGUCAAGGACCGAGCAGAGACGCUGGUGGUCAAAGUGCUGAGCAGUUUUAAGAGCAGCGACAUUGAGAAAGCUGUGGGCUCAUUGGACAAAGCCGGAGUGGACCUGCUGAUGAAAUACAUUUACAGAGGCUUUGAGAAACCCUCUGACAACAGCAGCGCUGUGCUGCUGCUGUGGCAUGAAAAGGCUCUGGCAGUAGGAGGAGUGGGCUCUAUAGUCAGAGUCCUGACUGCCAGGAAGACCGUCUGAUCCUCUGAGACCUCACAGUAACCAACUGGAAACAGACGUCAGUCAACAAUCUGCCCAUAUACACCAGAGCCGAUCACAGGGACGUGUUUCUCCUUCUCUGGUUCUGGACAUGAUUCCUGUUUAUUUUUCUACUGGAGCUGAGUGUCUUCCUGCUGUUAUUUCCUCUUUUUUUUUUUUUUUUUUCUUCUUUGAGUUCACUUUUCACAUCUGUGGGAUUUAGGAGUGCUGGCUGUCAGGCAGGCAGGGAGGUGCUGGCACCUCAAACCCUGUCUGUGUUUGCCAACCACGCAGAGAGAACCGACACAUUUCAGAUGCUUCGCUCAGACAGACACAUUCUCUCCAGAAAAGCUCCACGCUUCUUUCAAACAGCUUCACGGCUGCUCUGAUUCCUCAGCCGGCUCACUCCAACAUCUCCCCCCUCCUCCUCCUCCUCCUCCUCCACUCUGGUUCUUUCCUUCCUGUUCUUCCUCUUCUCUGAAGCUUCUGACUCAUCCAAGUCGAUGAAAUGGAAAAGAUUGCUCUUGGAUGGACUGUCAUAGACUGGUGACCUGUCCAGGGUGUUUCCCUGCCUUUUGCCCAGUGCUUGCUGGGAUAGGAUAUAUUUUUGCCCAAAUAAUUAUAAUUUUCUGAACAUCUUUGUUCAUUGAGUGUUUUUUUCUACUUUCACCAGUACCACUCAUGUUUUUUCUUUUUAUAUCUGCAAUAAAAGACUAAAAGCUAA